AUGGCAUCGUGUACAGGAUCACAGGAUGCUUGCACUUCCAAUGAUAACAAUGAGAAACCAACACGCAACGAGAAUCAUCAAGAAGUGUGCUAUGAAACACCCACCUGCAAGUUUGAUUAUUGCGUAAAGCGGCCUGAUUAUGUGGCUAUGCAGUUGACUUCUGCUGAAGCCAAUGAAAAAUCUGUUCAUGCUGGUGCGUUGGUGCGGCAAUUGAGUUUCCUCGAUCGGUUCCUGGUGCUAUGGAUCUUGAUUGCUAUGAUUGUGGGCGUUGUCAUUGGAUACUAUGUGCCCAGCGUACAAACGGCGUUCCAAACAGUGCAAUUCCAUUCCGUAUCAGUGCCUAUUGCUGUUGGCUUGCUGGUGAUGAUGUAUCCAGUCUUGUGCAAAGUGCAAUACGAACGACUCCCUUCUAUUUUGGUGACACGACAAGUUUGGGUUCAGAUUGGCAUCUCCGUAUUCAUCAACUGGAUCAUCGGCCCCAUCAUCAUGACAGCUUUGGCAUGGGCAACAUUACCCGAUUUACCAGGCUUUCGAACGGGUGUCGUCAUGGUUGGCCUUGCACGAUGCAUUGCUAUGGUGCUGAUAUGGAAUCAUCUUGCGGAUGGUGAUGCCGAUUAUUGUGCAUUGCUAGUUGCCAUCAAUUCGAUCUUGCAAAUUGCCUUGUUUUCUCCAUACUCGGUGCUAUUCAUCAACAUUAUCCCUUCAUGGUUUGGUGCUUCGAUUGAUUCAGCUAUUCAUGUUGACGUGGAGCCCGUAGCUAUAUCGGUGUUGAUCUAUUUGGGUAUUCCUCUAGCAGCAGGUGCCGUGACACGCUUUACUUUGAUGGGUCUCUUCGGUCGAAAAUGGUACGAGAACAAGUUUUUACCAUGGGUUGGUCCUUGGGCAUUGAUUGGCCUACUCUACACGAUCAUCGUCAUGUUUGCCAACCAAGGUCAUCAAAUCAUUGACAAUAUUGGAUCCGUGUUCCGCGUUGCUGUACCGCUCUUUGUCUAUUUUGUCAUCAUGUUCUUUAUUCCAUUCUUUGUUCUCAAGCGUAUUGGUAUUCCUUAUGAACUCGUGGUGACCCAAGCAUUUACUGCAGGGAGCAACAACUUUGAAUUGGCCAUCGCCGUCGCCGUUGGUACCUAUGGUAUUCAUUCUGAACAAGCUCUUGCUGCUACCAUUGGCCCAUUGAUAGAAGUGCCAGUAUUACUAUGCUUGACCUAUGUAGCAUUAUUGUUCAGGAAUAAGCUUCAAUGGCAUGUGCGACCAUUCUUCAUCAGCGAAAACAAGAACGAGGACCAAUAA